AGUUCUAGCUCGACGACAAAAGAUGUAGUGGAAACCUUCCCAACUCAAAAUUGCUUUUACCUCUUGGAUCCAGUAACAGUUUAGAGUUUUACAAAUGUUGUUCUCGAAACGUUUAAAUUAAUUUGAACAUCGCUUGGCGUGUUUUUUCCAUUUCCAAUAUUAAUUAAAAUUAUGCUAUUCAGCUAGGCGAGUCGUGCCCUUAUCAAACUUUAUCUCUUUUGAGAGAAACUCGACUUGUAUUUGGACCAAGUGUCAUUUUUUGUUUUAUUAUUAUUACAGCAUUUUCAGUCGAAUUUCGUCUACAACAAUGAAUUACGGAGAGCUCUUAUUCAAAGCCCACGAGAACCACAAAAAUACGACAACAAAAAAUGUACCAUGCUACAAAACAUCGUUUUCACCCCCUAAGAAGUUGGGACGCCCAACAGUGUUAUCUGAAAAUAUCAAGAAGUUUUUAGCCAAAAAAGAAGAAGAAGAAAAGAAGAAAAAUUUAGAAGCUAGAAAAAAGAAGGCGGAGUUAUUGGCUCUUCGAAGUCAAGACAAAAAAGCACAAAAACGAGUUCAAGUUAUGUUGAAAAGAACUAAGUCAGCUAACAAAUCUGUGAUGGAAGACGCUAUUGAUAAUGUUAACACAAGGGACACGUUAGAUGGUCCAAUGCAAUGUGAUGAAGAUGAUUAUGGAUAUGUAUCACAGGAAGCUUCAGCUUUUUAUGCCAAAAUGAUGAACAAAUAUGAAAAUAUGCCUGCUGAGCCAUCUAUUUUUUCAAAAUCAAAACGGGAAGUGAAAGAUUUGGCUGCUGCUAAGGAUAGAGUAAAAGCUGCUUUGCGCAAAGAAGAAGAAGAGUCUGAACUCCCUCACAAGAGGAAAAGGAAAAAAGGUGAGGAAAGUGGAGAAGGCGAUAAGAAAUCUCCUAAUGACAAAGAAAAGAAUGAAAACAGCUAUGAUAAACAUAGAGAUGAUAAGUACAAAGAAAAUGACAAACGAAAAGAUAGCGAUUCUGAUAAAAAUAAAGAGGAGAAGAAAAAACCAAAAAAAUCAGCCCCUCCUACUAUCAAUUUUGAUGAGUUACUGAAGUUAGCAGAAGUUAAACAACAUCAACCUAUUAUAAUAGAAACCCCUUCCGCGCCAAAAGAACCUGAAAGACUGAUGACACAAAAAGAAAAGGAAGAAUUUCUUAAAGAAGAGGAACGGAAACGCAAUAGAAACAGAAGACCUUUAAAUUCUGAUGUAUCCUCUAAAGAUAGCCCGCAAACACAAAAACACUCCAAAUCAAGUAUUGAAUCUAGUUCCAUUAGUAAAAAACCUGAGAUGUCCAAAAAGCCUAUAAGUAAGGAUAAAGACAUGAAAGACAAAGUGUAUAAAAGUAAAUCAAAUGAGCAGGAUAAAUUAAAAGUUUCGAGCACUGAACGAAUCAGAAAGGAGGUCAAUCCUUUAGAGAAGUCUAAUAACAAUAACAACUACAUAAACCACAAAGUUGUGCCAAAACCUUCCAAAAGUUUAGGUGAAAAAGAUAGGUCAACAAAACCAAGUGAUUCUAAACACAUUGACAAAAAUGUCAUUAGGAAAGGAGGAGAAAAGGGUAAUGUGGAUAGCACUCUAUUGGACAUAGAUCGUGAAAUAGAACUUUUAAAGAAAAAAAGAAUGCUGCUUGCCAGCAGUGGAAACAAUAAACAAAACCCAGCUAUUCAAAAACUGAAAAUGGUUGAUAACAAAGAUAGGUUGAAUUCGAACAAACCCCAGAUGAAACCUACGGAAAUGAAAUCUAUUGAUAAGAAACCAGAUAAAAUCAAUAGUGGAAAAAUGCCUAAUCUUAAGACUAAAAAAUCUCUGGAAAAAAUGAAAUCCAAAAAAAGAAGAAUAGAUUCAGAUUCCGAAUAUGACUCUGAGUUGGACGAUUUCAUUGAUGAUGGGCCAGAAGAAAUGGAAGAUUAUUCCAAAUAUAUUUCUGAAAUAUUUGGAUAUGAUAAGUCUAAAUAUAGAGAUAUGGAUGAUGGUGAUGAGUGCAUGGAAUCAAAUUUUGCUCAACAAAUGAGAGAAGAAUAUGUCAGUACCAAAAUUGGUAUUUUAGAAGAUCUUGAAGACAUUCAGAAAGAACAAGAAGAAAAAAAGCGUCUAAAAAAGAAACGUCUAAAAUAAAGUCAAAACCAUUUAACAGUUCAAGGAUUUUUUGCUUCGUAAAUACAAUAGUUAUGUCACUUUUAUACUGAAUAAUAAAAAUACAUAAAUGACAAUAAAACUUACACACUAUGAUAUAUAUAUUGCUUGAUGUGUAAUUUUCUGUUAUGUGAAUGUUUGCAACUUUACAUGCUAAAAUGAAGUAUAUAUGAUCUAGAUUUUUACAUGAAUUGGCCGAUUUUUUUUAAUGAAUUGUGAAAAUAGAACGCCACAAAAUUAGCUUCUCUGCUUUUGAAAUGUAUAGUAUAUAUUUAUUAUGUUACUGGGUCAAUAAUUUUAUCAUCAAUUGCUUAAUGACAAUUUUUGUUUGAAUUUAGUAAAUUUUUCAUGGCCUUCUCAAAAAUGGCUGUAAAGUAUUUCAAUAACAAUAAUAAACUACUUAUGUUUAUUUGUUGUUGUGAGUUUGCCAAAAGAUUGUUUUUGUGCAUUUAUCACAGAUUGGAUAAGUCUAAAGGAGUUAUGUUUUUUCAAAAUCUAAUAAGGGAUUUUACCAAUUUUAUUACCAACUUGUUUUAAUUUAAUUUCUCUCCGACAUUCCUUGUAUACAACCUUGGAUUACUCAGUUUGAUUUACUUGUGCAAAGGUUUGACUGGACAGUUGAUGAAUGAUAAAAUAUAUAAAGGAGGUGCAAAUAUGAUCUUUUUAUUUAUUUUUUUCAACUGUUCUUCUUAGUUAUGCAUUGUUACAUUGAAACUGCAACUAUGCGUAUUAUAUUUUAUUUAUAAGAUCAAACAUGUAUAUAUUUUUUUCAUAGCUCUUUCUGUUUUUAAAGAGUGAAAUC